UUCUCUUCCUCUGUACAUCAUGGACCCAAUAGAGCCAGUUCUCCCUUUUCACGAAAUACUACUUCUCCUUUUCAGCCGCUUACACAGUCAAAAUUGACUGGGAUUUUACAAAAUGGUGCUGGAAUACGUUUCGCAUCGACAUCUCCAGUCUCGACCUCACCAGCCCCGGCAUCCUCAAUACCCUCCCCUACCGAAGCCGUCAGCUCUUCAGCACAAUCUGCACCCGUCACAGAAUAUACCUCCUCACUCGACAGUGCAACCGAUUUCGGUUCCGAGUCCCUAUACAAUAUCCCAGAAAGCAUUGGUUACUUGAAAGCGCUUGGUUUGGAUUAUGGCAACGGACCAACAGCUAUGAUGGAAUGGACCCUUGAACACAUUCACGUCUACGCAGGUACCCCAUGGUGGGUAUCGAUAACUCUCACUGCGAUUCUCGUUCGAGCUGUACUUUUCAAGCCAUACAUUGCUGCUGCAGAGAAUGGUGCCAGAAUGGCAACUAUCGCACCUCUUACCGGGCCUGUCACGGCCAAAAUGCAAGCUGCUUCUGCCAUGGGCGACGUGGACCAGGCAAUGCAAUUACGAGGCGAGCUGCAAAGGCUACAUAAACGAGCUGGCGUCAAAGUUUGGAAGAGUCUCGUUCCAAUGCUGCAGGUGUUUGCUGGUUACGGAACUUUCGUCAUUUUGAGAGCUAUGUCGAGGGUACCAGUACCUGGAUUAGAGACUGGCGGGUUCCUGUGGGUUCAGAAUCUUACCGUUCCCGAUCCUUUCUGGAUUUUACCUGUGGCCACUGCGGGAGUUUUGCAUUGGGUCUUGAGGAAAGGAGGCGAGACAGGCGUAUCAAAUUUGUCGCCCCAAAUCUUCAAUGCCAUGAUGUGGGGUCUCCCACUUGUCAGUUUACUCUUCACUUUCUGGCUACCUGCAGCUUUACAAUUAUCUUUUUUCGUAUCGGGUUUAUUGUCCUUCUGCCAGGCCACUCUUCUCCGCCAGCCCUGGUUCCGUAAUUACUUCAACAUGACCCCUCUCCCC